AUGUAUUCGAGUCAAAGUCCUUAUGAAAGCCUAGUGGAUCUUGCAGUUUCAUCAGCAAUGACAAAUUGCAAAUCGAUGACGACCGAGCAGCUUUCAGCUAUGCUCGACGAUGACGCUCUUCUGGAUUCAUUUAUUGAUUCACUACCACAGAUUCGAUCAAUGCCGACUGAUAAAGAGUCGGCGUUGGCUUCGAAUAAAUCGCUAGCCGAAUGGAAUUUGGCCCAGCAGCCGAGAAUCGAGCAAGCUAAAGCACAAACUUUGACGCUUUUGGAUCAAGCUCAGAAGCUGAAAACUGAAGUGACCGCUUUAAAAGAGCAGCUGGACAAUGUGUCUUCGUCGAAAACUUUGGAUGUCACCUCGAAUUUGAUGCAAGUUGCUGCUCAGGAGGCUGACGAUGAUGCUGAAGCUAUUAUGAAGCAGUUUCAAGACGGAGAGAUUCCUGCCGAUCUGUUUUUGAAGCAGUUUAAGGAGAAAAAGACGCUAGCCCAUUUAAGAAAAAUCAAAUCCGAUCGAUUGGUUGCCCUUUUAAGGGAACAACAAUACGGGACCAUUAAUCAACCUUCACGUGCAAUGCCUGUUCCCGCCCCGACGCCCGCCUAUCCAACGAAUAAUAUGAUGCCGACGUUCACUGGUUCAAAUUUCGGAUCAGGAUAUUCAAAUUAUCCUGGAUUCGGCAAUCCGCCGCAAUCUAAACAUCCAUUCUUCUAA